CGAGGUCACAUGAUCGGUGCAGGAAGCAGGAAGUUGUAAACAGCAACGGGCGGUAACGAGAAGACAAUGUUGGUGUUAUUCUGCCUUGUAGCUGUCCUUAUAUGUCUGACCUCUCCCCCAACUCUCGCGAGAAGUCCGAGGGAUGCUGCCAAAGGAUGCACAGCACCCUACACGCUGCCAAAUCUGCCUUUUUUCGUCGUGUGGAAUGUUCCUUCUGGUGGUUGUGACUCGCACGGGACUAUUUUAAACUUGACAGCCUAUCGAAUCGUUACAAACAAGAAUGAUCAAUUCUUUGGAGAAAACAUGGUUAUAUUUUACGGAUAUGGCGACUGGCCUUUCUAUGGGGGUAAGAACCACACCCCCUCAAAUGGGGGUAUCCCGCAGGAAGGAAACUUAUCCGAACACUUCCGGAAGGCUGCAGCUGUAACGAACCAGUAUCUCCCCGACCCCAACUUUAACGGGUUGGCAGUCAUCGACUUCGAAUCCUGGAGACCACACCUACCGCUGAAUUUUGGCAGUUUGGGAAUUUAUAAGACAAAGUCAGUCGACCUGGUAAAAAAACAACAUCCUACCUGGACAAAUACGACUCAGAUCAUGGAGGAGGCAACUCGACAGUUCGACAUCGCUGCACGGAACUUCCUGCAAGGAACUCUUGAACUGGGCAGACAACUCCGCCCGAAUGCCCACUGGGGUUACUAUGGUUACCCGCGAUGCUGGGGGUCGUCAACAACCAAUGAAUGCCAAGUUCCUGGAACAUGGAAUACGAAUGAUAAAUACAUGGGGUGGCUGUUCUCAACCAACACAGGCCUUUUCCCCCGGAUUUACACCAAUCGGAACACACCAAUACACAGCCGCUACCUGUACGUGAGACAGACGGUGAACGAGACGCUCCGAGUGCAGGUGAAAUGGGCUGGGCUCAAUACUCCAAUCAUGCCGUACACCCUGAGUCAAGACAACGGAACAGAUUUCUUCCAGAAGGAUGACCUCAAGGUAGCCAUCGAGGAACCAGCCGCUAUGGGGGCUUCCGGCGUGGUCAUCUGGGGAAGUCAUAAUUUCUUCCACACGAAGGAUGAAUGUCUCAAGAUGCAGGACGACAUCAACAACGUCCUCGGCCCCUUCGUCAAGAACCUCACCGACUUCACCCAGGCAUGUGCCAACGAGCUCUGCAACAACCACGGCCGCUGUAUCAGGAAGGACUUCGAGGCCUCCACCCAGAACUUCCUCCGUCUGUACGAGAAGGAGGCAUGCGUGAGACCGAGGGAGGAGUACGAGGAUAUCGGGGGCAGGAGGAGGGGGUUGUUCGGGGGGAGGUACCCCACACUGAAGAAGUACGACUAUUAUGUGUGCAGGUGUCUGCCCGGGUGGUCGGGUGAAUAUUGCAACAAGAAUUAAGAGGGGUGGAUAAAUACGUCAUAUCAAGAUACAUUCGAAACUUGAGGGUUUGGAAAUGCACUUGCUUAAUAGUAUUUGUUUAUUGCUACUAAUGUGACAUUUUAUUAACCCUGUCUUGUGCAGUUAUGGACAUAUGUGUUUUGCAUAUCUCCUUGCCCGUUUUUGCUGUUUUGCGUCCCGUUCAUUUAUUUACAGUUACUGGAUACAAUGCAUAUCUGUGGAAGCCAUGAUCUAACUGAUAUGAUGUAUGUUCAAAGCCGCAUUCAACCACAUAUCUGUGUGCAUCAUAUAGAAUACAAAAAUGGAAAUCCAUCUAUAUCUAUCUGCAUAUGAAAGACCUUUGCCGGAUUCAAGUAUCCUUUAGAGACAAUCAUGAGUGUUCAGGUGUAGUUUUAGUCCCACCCCUGUGUAAAAGACAACCAUGUACUGAUGUGAGUUUGCACAGAAAGAGUGUUAGUUAAAUGUGUCUCAAGGUCAUUUCACCUUCCGCGAUUAUCCAGAGUAUUACAUCAGAUGAGUGGGAAUUUCUGAUGACAAUAAGGGGCAGAGGGAUAGCCAAGUGGUUAAAGCGUUCGCUCGUCACGGCGCUGGCCCGGGUUCGAAUCCCCACAUGGGUACAAUGUGUGAAGCCCAUAUCUGGUGUCACCUGCUGUGGUAUUGCUGGAAUAAGUCCCGUAAAACCAUACUCGCUCGCUCUGAUGACAAUGUGGAAACUGAACACCUUUUUAUCAUGUUUUAUAAGAGUGACGGUGGGGUAGCCUUGUGGUUAAAGCGUUCGCUCGCCGUGCUGAAGACCCGGGUUCGAUUCCCCACAUGAGUACAUUGUGUGAAGCUCAUUUCUGGUGUCCCUAGCUAUUAUACACAUUCCCCCACAUGGGUACAAUGUGUAAAGUCAAUUUAUGGUGUCUCCUGCCGUCAUAAAGCCGGGAUGUUGCUAAAACGGCGUAAAACAAACUCACUCAUUCAGUGCAUGUAUUUAUAGCACCACAGACAGUUUGCGGUAGAUUUUGAAUCUCAGGGUGUUGAAACGUGAAAGAUCUGUGACUUGGAUGACGCCUGUGAUAUAGCCUCUUCACACCACAUUAACAGAGCGGACAUGUAUCGUCACGGCAGUGACCUUUUGCUUCCUCACACUACUCACACAAACGCGUUUGUAUUACACUUUCUAUUUUUUAACAAUGACAUAUUUUUGAUAUUGCUAUUUGCAUAUUCUUAUCGUACAACAUGUGAUUAUGAUGUUUUAUUGAAAUGUUACUAAUGUUUUGAAAUACGCACCUUCCACAGUCGACAGGCAAACUAGAGCAAGAAUUAAAAUCGAACACUCAAUAAAAGAAGUAUUGGGAUGGGUGCAUAUUUGAGGGUUUAGACAUGCACUGUGUCAGUGGCUUGUUGCGAAACUUUGCGAUCAACACUUGCUUAAUAUUGUGUAUUGCUACUUAAGUGAUAUUUUAUUAUUUAUUUAUUUUAUAUAUUAUUGUCUUGUGCAGCUAAUGGACAUAACUGUGGAAGCCAUGAUCUAACUGACGUGAUGUUAGAAGCAGCAUUCAACCACAUAUCUGUGUGCAACAUGUCGAAUACAAAAUAUGAAAUCCAUCUAUAUCAGCAUGCAUUAUGCAGAAAGAGUAUUAAUGAAAUAUGUCUUUGCCAUGACCAUUUAAGCCUCUGUGGUUAUCUAGAGUGUUAUGUCAAAUAAAAGCGAACAUUCCUUUCCAUUUACACUAGAAAUCUCUCUAAAACGAGAGAGAGGUGACAUUUACUUGAUAUUAUGUAUGUGUGCGUAUGUGCAAUAGGCAACCUUGGCAAUAUCACCGUCUCUGUUCAUAUAUAUAGAGAGAGAAAGAUAUAUAUAAAUGUGCACAUUUACAUGAAUUUAUACUGUGUGUAAAUGUUCCCUGUCUCCUCUGUGACACAAUAAAAAACAACUUUUUUUA